AUGCUUCCUUUCUUUCUUUCUUUCUUUCUUUCUUUCUUUCUCAUCUGUUCUGUUCAUUAUCUAUCUAUCUAUCUAUCUAUCUAUCUAUCUAUCUAUCUAUUUAAUCUAUCUAUCUAUCUAUCUAUCUAUCUAUCUAUCUAUCUAUCUCAGUCUGUUCAUUAUCUAUCUACCUAUAUAUCUAUCUAUUUAUCACAGUCUGUUCUUUCUAUCUAUCUAUCUCAUUCUAUUCUUUAUCGAUCUUUAUCUAUCUAUCUAUCUAUCUAUCUAUCUAUCUAUCUAUCUAUCUAUCUAUCUCAGUCUGUUCAUUAUCUAUCUACCUAUAUAUCUAUCUAUUUAUCACAGUCUGUUCUUUCUAUCUAUCUAUCUAUCUCAUUCUAUUCUUUAUCGAUCUUUGUUCAUAUAUAUCAAUCCAUCUUUCGACCUAUCAAAUACACGAACAAAGCAAAACAUUUUUUUAUGUACUUACCCAUUUAA